GGGCGAGAGGAUGGUGGGGGACUGUGAGGGAGAGCGGCUGGAUUUCCUGCGGGAUCGGCACGUGCGGUUCUUCCAGCGCUGUCUCCAGGUUUUGCCGGAACGCUAUUCUUCGCUUGAGACCAGCAGUCAUAGGAAUUACUAGAAUAUGGAAAUGGGAUAACCAUGCUGAACUAAACAACAUUCUGGAAUGGAUCUCAACAUGAGAGGAAUUAUACAUAACAAGCUCUUCAUGUGAGAAGCAAUCACUAAGGUUGACGAUUGCAUUUUUUGCGCUGUCUGGAUUGGAUAUGUUGGAUUCCUUAGAUGUGGUGAACAAAGAGGAUAUAAUAGAGUGGAUUUACUCCCUGCAGGUCCUUCCCACAGAAGACAGAUCAAAUUUAAAUCGCUGUGGUUUCCGAGGCUCUUCAUACCUAGGUAUUCCAUUCAAUCCAUCAAAGAAUCCCGGAACAGCCCAUCCUUAUGACAGCGGCCACAUAGCAAUGACUUAUACUGGCCUUUCAUGCUUAGUUAUUCUUGGAGACGACCUAAGCCGAGUAAAUAAAGAAGCUUGCUUAGCAGGUUUGAGAGCCCUUCAGCUGGAAGAUGGGAGUUUUUGUGCAGUACCUGAAGGCAGUGAAAAUGACAUGCGAUUUGUAUACUGUGCUUCCUGUGUUUGCUAUAUGCUGAACAACUGGUCUGGCAUGGAUGUGAAAAAAGCCAUCAACUAUAUUAGAAGAAGUAUGUCCUAUGACAAUGGGUUGGCACAGGGAGCUGGACUUGAAUCUCAUGGAGGAUCCACUUUUUGUGGCAUUGCAUCACUGUGUCUCAUGGGUAAACUAGAAGAAGUGUUUUCAGAAAAAGAAUUGAACAGGAUAAAGAGAUGGUGUAUAAUGAGGCAACAAAAUGGUUAUCAUGGAAGACCAAAUAAGCCUGUAGACACCUGUUACUCUUUUUGGGUGGGAGCAACUCUAAAGCUUCUGAAAAUUUUCCAAUACACUAACUUUGAGAAAAAUAGAAAUUACAUCUUAUCAACUCAAGAUCGCCUCGUGGGGGGAUUUGCCAAGUGGCCAGACAGCCAUCCAGAUGCUUUGCAUGCAUACUUUGGGAUUUGUGGCCUGUCAUUGAUGGAGGAACGUGGAAUCUGUAAAGUCCAUCCUGCCCUGAAUGUAAGCACACGAACUUCUGAACGCCUUCGUGAUCUCCAUCAGAGCUGGCAAGCCAAGGACUCCAAACAGUGCCCAGAGAAUGUACACAUCUCCAUAUGACUGACUUUAGGUGGGGGUGGGGUGGGGUUUGUAGCAUAACUGUAGCUCAAGGUUAAAAGCCAUGUAUAACCAAGUGUGCUCUUUUUUUAAGAGUUAGAGUCUUACAAUCAAAUCUUGUGCUGGUGUCACUUUGGGUAUGGUCUUGAGCCAGUAUUUGUGGUGGGUUUCAGGAAAAUCUUUGAAUUUUGAACUACAGUAGACUAUCUUGUGGUUCUUAAAUGUUUAUACUAUAUUUCUAAGAAGUUCUUUUGAGGAAAAUUAACUAUGUAUGUAGGUUAUCUUUUUUAAAACUCUUCCUUACAAAUUGUAUUAUAUUGUAAAAUGGACACAAAUCUUCAAAACAAGUUUACACUUCAUGUAGCGUUGAUAAUCUUUGAGUGGAUAAUUAGUGAUCAUUUUGAAAGCUUGAGUGCUGAUGGUAGAAAAUUGCUUUAAUCAAUUAAAUAUCUGGGAUUAUUCUUUGAAAACAAAUGAUCCUGUAAUUUUUAAAAAGAAUGACUUUUUUUGUCUUAUUCUUAAGUGUGUGCCAAUUAAACUUGUAUGGCCUACUUCAGUGAAGUUAACUUGAUAGCAAGAAUGAACAGGCUUAACUAAUACAAUUUUCUAAAGGGAGAUUGUUUUAAGAAGACUAUUAUGUAACUGAGGGAAAAGUAAUUUAACAUACGUGAUAGUGAAUGGAAAAGUUUUGUGUCAUGCAGGUCAUUUAUUUAGAUGUUACUGGGCUGAAUAACAGUUAUGUUUGAUUUUAAUCUCAA